AUGCCUUUACAACUAUCAGAUGAUGACGAAGAACCAACAAGACUUGUAACCUCGAACACUGAACAGCAACGGCCUGGAGCAUCAACAUCAGUAUUGGAUAAUGAACAGGAAUUACUCGAGUUGGGUGAUGUAUAUGUACCAGUCUUGCCGACAUCAUCCAGUGAAAUUGAUUCGAGAAAUGUCUAUUUAUCGGAGAAGGGAGGUUUAUUUGAUUCGGACAGUGAUGACGAGUUGGAUCUUUUGAGCCAUCAUCAUUAUAAUAAUACUAGCAAUGGAAAAAAUUCAGUGUUCGGGAUUGAAAAUAGUAGAAUAACUGUUGGCAUUGUUGUAUUGGGACUUAUUUUCCUAAUUGGAUUUUCUCUAUUACUCUCUUAUAGAAUGAUAGAAAAACCAAUUGAAAGACAGUCACCGAAAUAUAUUGAAUUAAGUUUAUUGUGGAGCCCUACUGUUUGUAAAGAUUCGAAGGAUGAAAUUUGUAAAACAAUUUCUGAACGAGUCAAAACUGACAAGAUUAAUUUCAUCAUCUCAUCAUUUCAACCAACAACGGUGGCAUCAAGUUGUGAAGACCCAAAUCAAUCUUCAUAUUUAGGAGAAAAACUUCCUGAAGCCAAUUCGAAAGAGUAUAAAAAAUUAAUCGAAGCAUAUGCUCCACGUUGGCCACCAUCUCUAUCCACCUCUGGUUGGUCAGCAUAUGACAAGUAUGGAAGAUGUCUCUAUGUAAAUGAUAUUGCAGUGGAAACACCAUCAGAAUAUUUUGAUCAGGCCAUUAAAUUGUGGACCUAUUGGACUAAUACUUAUUAUGUACAUUUGGCAAAUCAAACAGAGAUACCUUACACUGCAGUUUCUUUCAAUUCAUUUGCUGUUCCUAAAUGUAAAUCAGUUGAAGAUAAGCAGUAUUUGCUUGGUAUGGACUUUUGCAUUUUGGGAGACAAUCUUCAACCAGCCACUGAAAGCACAUUUUGUGAAUUCAAAACAAAUUGUGACACAAAGAAAAAUUUGUUAAUAGCUUAA